AUGGAAACCAUUAAAAUCCCUUCUCCCUCCGCCAUUCUAGAUCCUCCCCCUCGCAACUCUGUCGCCAAGCCUUCCGCCUCCAACAGACAGCCGCGAGCCGGCCCGACGACGACGAAGCCCCCGUCCAGCAACGCCGUCACUACGCCACCUGCCAUCAAUCGACCCAAGCAGUCCAAGAGCCGGAAUGGGUGCAUCACCUGUAAAACGAAGCGUCUCAAAUGUGACGAGACGAAGCCCACCUGCCUGCAAUGCCACAAACGAAACGUGACCUGCGGGGGCUACAAGAAAGACUUCAAAUGGCGGCCCUUUGAAGAGGCCACCCUCAGCAAGUCAGCCCCCAAGGCGAAGAGAGGCCAGUCGACAGCACUGCGAAGGGAGUACAGGAGGUCAUCCACUUCUGAAACGACCCCAAGGGACUCUUCCGGGAAAGAUGCCGUGAUCUCGCCAACCAGUGACUCUGCCGCAGACAAGUCGUCGGUACUGGGCGAGUCGCUUUACACCAAUGUUCCUACGCUGGCCAGUCAGGGUCAGUCGGUAGAUUCCACCGAACCGCUGCCGUCGAAUAUGCACGCCCCUGAACCUCCGGGACCAACAUCUUCAGUGGUGCCCGGUUUUGUGCUUUCUGACCCAGAGAUGGCGAUAGCGACCGGUCCGAACCCGUUUGACCUCGAGCAACCAGCGGCGCCUCUCGAGACUGUUGAACCUACUUUCUCCUCCAUGCCUGAAGACAACACUGGUGAUGUGGAAGAGGUCAUCCGGCAACCGGAUGCCGACCUGCAGCUGUGGCCCGUUCAGGAGUCUCCGUCUGGCGGUGCACCGGAUGCCAUGAUGCCCAUGUUGUUACGAGAGCCGGACCUUGGGAGCGAAGAAAUGCUGAUUCUCCGCUUUGACCGACAAACCUGUGGGAUCCUGUCCGUGAAAGAUGGCAUCACGGAAAAUCCGUGGCGCACGUGGAUAUGGCCCAUGGCCAAACAGAAUCCCGCCCUAUACCACGCCGUCUUUGCCAUGGCAGCCUUCCAUUCGAGUAAGGAGAGCCCUUCCAUGCGGUUCCUUGGUAUGGAGCACAUGCGCAAGAGCAUCCUCUGCAUGGUUCAAGGAAUGGAAAAGAUGAGAACAGAUGCAGCCUUGGCCACCACCUUGUCUCUGGCAUUUGCGGAAACGUGGGAUCAGCACACGUCCACCGGCAUCCAGCACCUCAAAGGCGCCAAGGCUCUCAUGCGUCAGACAAUGAGUGAUAGGAUACGGAGAGGACUGCCUGUCGAGGACCUCGCACGGCUGCGGUUCCUAUACAAUACUUGGCUUUACAUGGAUGUCAUUGCCCGCUUGACCUCCCUGGACGAGGGCGACAAGGAAGAGCUGGGCGUCGUCCCUUUCUCAAUGCCGAUGGAUACGAUCCAGGAGGUCGAUCCCCUCAUGGGCUGUGCGACGACGCUGUUCCCUCUGAUCGGCCGUGCUGCCAACAUCAUCCAGCGGGUUCGUAAGACGGAAAGCAAUUCUUUCGCCAUCAUCUCGGAGGCCAUCGAGCUCAAGACACUUAUCGAGCGAUGGGAGCCGCCGCAGUUCUUCGAGCCGCCCGAAGAUCCGACUUCGGACGUCCAGCAUAGCUUCCAAACCGCACAAGCUUACCGCUGGGCAACGCUACUCUAUCUGCACCAGGCUGUGCCGGAGAUUCCGUCCGAACCAGCUUCGGAACUGGCCAAGAGGGUUCUCAUUCUUCUGGCCACCGUUCCCCUGAGCUCUCGGACCACGAUCAUCCACAUCUACCCGCUCCUGGCGGCCAGCUGCGAGGCGGAAAAGGAAGAGGAUCGCAGCUGGAUCUUGCAACGAUGGGAAGCUAUGCAGGCGCGUCUGAAGAUCGGGAUCAUCGACCGCUGCAUUGAUGUUGUCCGCGAAGUUUGGAGACGACGGGACGCCUUCGAAGAGGAGAAACAGCGCCGUCAGCGACGGAACCCAGGUCGACCGGGGUCAUAUGUUGCUCCGGUGGACACCAUGAAGAGGAACUCGUCUCACGGACCGCUGAUGGGGGACACCCAGGAUCAGAAUGCGUUCUACAGCCUCACGGAGCCGUGGAGGAGAGUUGGCGGCGACACUCAGAGCAGCAUGAUGACUCCGGUGUCAGCUGGGGAUCCCCGACGUGCCUCGUCGUUCAAUGUCGAGAACAUUGAGUUUGAGAAGACGGUACGGGGGAGACUACAUUGGGUUAGUGUUAUGAAGGAGUGGAAUUGGGAGGGUAGGUGCUUUCAGCGAGUAGAGUUCUUCUUGGAUGACGAGCCCUUUUCGACUGGUGCUCGCUCCCCUGGCGGUUGUUGUGCAUUUCCGAGCCUGAACCUCUGA